AUGUCGUCGAACGAAGCAGCGCCCGCAGUAACGACGGCGGACACGGAGCGACCGCUCACGAACAAGGAGAAGCGCCAGCUGGCGGUUGCGCAAAAGCGUGCUGCCAAAGAACAAGCGCUGGCGAGCAAGACGGAUUCGCCCGCCAAGCGCAAAGCCUCCGCCACCUCCGCAGAAAAUGCAGAAGGCGAGCAGGUAGAGGAAGGUGCAGAGGAAGAGGAGGUAGAGGUGCUCUCGCACAAGGAGCAGCGUCGACGCAAGAAGCUCGCCAAGCAUACUGCUGAUGGUGAGGAGGAGGAGGCGGGGCCGAAUUCGCUCAUGCACCCGACGCGGGCACUGGGCACAUCGGCAGCAGUGCAGCCUCGGAGUGGGUUUAGCAUCUGGGUGGGUAAUCUGUCGUUCUUCACGGCGCCGGCGAAGCUGGUGGAUUGGUUCGAGCAGAGGGGCGUGGAUGGGAUCUCGAGGGUGAAUAUGCCCAAGGGCGCAAGGAGGGCCGAGAUGAACCGCGGAUUCUGCUACCUCGACCUGCCGUCCAAGGACCUCCUCACCGCCGCACUCAACCUUUCGGAACAGCCACUCGACGGCAGGAAGCUGCUGAUCAAGGAUGGCUCGGAUUAUACGGGUAGGCCGGAUAUCAAUACGAGCGCACUGGGGAUCGCGCGCAACUUGCCCAGCGCUACGACGUCCAUGCAUACCGCCAAGGACGAUGACGAGGAGAAGGAGGAAAAGGAGAGACAGGUCAAGGGAAAGACUGGAUUGACAAAGACCGCGCAGAAGGUUCUCAGGGCCCAGAAGAAUGCGCCGAGCAUGACGCUGUUUUUGGGCAAUCUGAGCUUCAAUACCACCGAGCAGGGGGUGAGGGAGCUGUUUGAUGCAAGCGCACAGAGGCGCAACCCGCGCACCAACAAGAACAAGAAGCAGAAGAAGGAGCGCAAGCCCAAGAAGGCCUCGUCCGAGUCCGGUUCUUCGGAUUCGUCCGACUCGGAGUCGGAGUCGGACUCGUCGUCGUCAUCGGACUCUGACUCUGAGCCUGACUCUGAGACGGAACCCUCUGCAAAGGACGACACGAAGGACGACACGAAGGACGGAGUGAAGAGCGUUUCUACGGGCGACGUUGUUCCGUCGGCGGCGGGCAUCCGCAAGGUGCGACUGGGCACGUUCGAGGAUGCGCCGACCAAGUGCAAGGGGUUCGGAUUCGUCGACUUCCACACGCUCGACCAAGCCACAGCGUCGCUCAUCGACCCGCGCAACACGUUCCUCGAUGGCCGUAAGCUGUUGCUCCAAUACGCCGGAGCCGACGCCACGCGCCGCGGGGCGUCCAAAACCCAAAAGACACGUCUGGAUGCUCCGCGCGAGAACAAAAAGGUGGGCUUCAUGCGUAAGCGUCCGCGCGACCAGUACUCUCAGCCCGAAGAGGCACAGCAAGAGGCGCCUGCACCCGGAUCGUUUGAUCCAGACGCACCACUGCCCAAGAAGCACAAGGAGACCAAGGAAGAGCGUGCGGCACGUAGGGCGGGCCCACAGAGGAGGGCCAAGCCGGGUGCAGCUCUGGCAAAUGCUCCCCGAGCGAGCGUGGGCAUCGUACAAAGCACAGGCACCAAGGUCACCUUUGACUGA